AAGCCACUCAAAAGCCAAAAAUCUUCUCCACAAGCAGCGAGAAAUAUUGUCGCCUGGAAAUCGAGGAGGAACAUGCCAGCAGUGCUCAGCAAAAUCUUCCGUGUUCAGAUGUCAUCGAGCUGAAGGCUUCCAUCAAAGAAAGUCCCCAGGAUGCGCCGCUUCUUGGUCAACUCCAGAGCAGCAUUCCCCAGCUAUGGGCAAAAAGCAAGAUAUCUCUCGCCAACUGGCUGUUUUACCUCCUUUACAACUUCCAAAUACUACUGUUCACACGGACAAUGCUAUUAUUCUUGACGAACCCGAUUCUCCGCUCCCUGAUGCCCUCCUAGAUGAUACCACGAGCGUCCUCGACGACGGACGCGUCUCUCUCAACUUCGAUUCAAAACUUGCGCAGGUUUUUGCGAAGCUUAUUGAAGCAUCCGAGGAUGAAGAAGACACCGUUGAACCCCCACCGGCAUACUCAACCAUCUCGCAACUAGACUCGUGGAAACUGCCUCUGAAUAUUGUGAUCCAGAUUGUUGGUAGUCGUGGGGAUGUUCAGCCGUUUGUUGCUCUCGGGCAGGAACUACUGCGUCACGGGCAUAGAGUGCGCCUGGCCACACACAGCGUCUUCAGAGAGUUUGUUGAAAAUGCUGGGUUGGAGUUCUACUCUGUCGGAGGCGAUCCUGCCGAACUGAUGGCGUACAUGGUCAAGAACCCAGGGUUGCUUCCUCGCAUGAAGGCCCUGCGAGAAGGAGACGUCAGCAAGAAUAGGCAGAUGAUUCGCGAGAUCCUUGAAGGGUGCUGGGCUUCAUGCAUUUCACCUUCAGAUAAUGGAGAUCCGUUCGUUGCCAAUGCCAUUAUCGCCAACCCUCCAUCCUUUGCCCACAUUCACUGUGCUCAAGCACUUGGAAUUCCGCUCCACAUUAUGUUCACCAUGCCCUGGAGCCCAACCCGAGCAUUCCCUCAUCCUCUAGCGAACAUCAGGAAUGGCAAUACCGACCCGAAGCUAGCAAACUACAUCUCAUACGGCAUGGUCCAAUUGUUGACCUGGAAUGGGUAGGGCAGGUCCGCCUUUUCGACGAUGCCCUGCUGACUUCUCCCCGAGAAUUGGCGACAUUGUACAGAAUUGGAGGAAAUCGAUUGAUCUCGAAGCCAUACCAAUGUCCGAAGCUCCUUUCCUCAUGGAGACUCUCCAAGUUCCUCACACCUAUUGCUGGUCUCCCGCGUUAGCCCCCAAGCCCAAAGACUGGGGCAUGCAUAUCGACGUCUGCGGGUUUCUACUUCGAGAUCCCACGCCCUACACUGUACCUGUUGAUCUCGAGGAAUUUCUGAGGUCGGGGCCGACCCCCAUCUAUAUUGGCUUUGGCAGUAUCGUGGUCGAGAACCCCGAAAAAAUCCUUCAAAUACUGCUUGCUGCUGUCAAAGAAUGUUGUGUGCGCGCCAUUAUCUCGAAGGGGUGGAGCAACCUGGAAAGCGAAGCUGUUGAUGAAAAUGUCUUCUUCCUUGGGGAAUGUCCACAUGAGUGGUUGUUUCAACAAGUCUCUGUGGUGGUCCAUCAUGGCGGUGCUGGGACUACAGCUUCCGGGCUGAUGCAUGGCCGCCCAACCGUCAUUGUGCCAUUCUUUGGAGAUCAGCCAUUUUGGGGCAACGUGGUUGCCACCUCACGGGCUGGACCACCUCCAAUUUCUUACAAGAAACUCAAUAGCAAGAAUUUGAGCAAUUCCAUCCGCUAUUGCCUGCGUGAAGAGACUCAAAGCGCUGCGAAAGAUGUGGCUGUCAAGAUGGCUGCUGAGAUGGGCGUCAAAACAGCUGUUCAUUCAUUUCAUCGCCAUUUGCCAGUUGACGACAUGGGUUGUGAUCUGAUCAACGGAUUACCCGCUACUUGGGUGUACAGGAAAUCGAAGACACAUCUCAAAAUCUCUGGGGCUGCGGCUGAAAUCUUGAUCCAAGCCAAGAGGAUCAAGGCCGACGACCUUCGAUUGUACAAAUCAAAACCAUUCACAAUUGAAAACCGCCGGUGGGACUUUCUUACUAGCUCACUCGCUGUCUCGAUGGAGAUGUCAUACGAUAUUCUGGCCGCUGUCAGCGGAUUCUGGAGAAACCCACGAGCAGUCCGCAAGCAGAAAGACAAAGAACGCGCGUUAGGUCGUGCCUCGUCUCAUCAGUCCGAGCCUGGUCUAGAUAUAGAUUCGGGGGAAGGUUCAAGCAAACAAAUCGCGAAGAUGGUGGGGGCCUCUGCCAUGAGCCUCUCUCAGAUUACAGGAAUAGUGAUAAAGGGAUCGUUGGUCGACAUCCCGGUCGCUGUUGCCGAAGGCUUGCGGAAUACGCCGAAGCUCUACGGCCAGGAAGUGCCUGAUCACGCCGCCGUGACUGACUGGAAAAGCGGCCUCAAAGUCGCGGGAACGACUUUUGUCCAUCAAAUGGGCCAAGGACUGACGGACUUGAUGGUGCAGCCGGCAAAGGGUUUGGCCAAAGAAGGGAUUAUUGGCUUUGGCAAAGGGAUCGGUAAAGGGGCAUUGCAGACUGCGACGAAACCAACAUCAGCAUGCAUGGGCCUUAUCGGCUACACUGGCCAAGGGAUCUACAAGUCAAUUUAUGCUGCAGUUCACUCGAAGACCAAAAAGUCGGUGGCCUCCGCCCAGCGAGUGCAGGAUAAGUAUUUCAUCCGUGCGAACGGUAUGGAUAUAAGCACGGGACAAGUCGUGGAUGAAUUUGACAGACUCUGUCGACGGUGGCUUAAGUCUGAGUCUGGCGGUCCUAACGGCGGCCUAACUCCAACGGUUGUAUCCAGGACAGCAAGUUUUGUUUCGACCCAAACGCAAUCCAUGUCAUCUGCGACGCCCAUUCCAACCGACAACCAAGCAACAGCUUACCGAUAUAUCACCCCGCCCGGCGACCCCCCAGCGUCUUCUCCGUAAACCUGCUGAACGAUGACUACUCUAGGUUCACAAUACAGGUCAUCACAUAUGGCUUAGGUGAGCAGUCCGACAAGCUGGGAGGGGCAGAAUGUCAUCAAGACAAAUGAUUUUGACACAUCGGCAACACCAGCGAGAAUCUUGAUGAAGCCUAGUGGGCAAGUGCUCUAAGAACCAGAUUUGUCAAUACGACACUUCAAAAGUUGUUGUGAUUGUGUCUCAGCUAGCUGGAACAUUCUGCUUUCCGCAAAAGCAUGGCUGGACAACACAACUAUAUGCCGGCGACCGGAUCACCUACUCUGUGGAAGCGUGGGGCUCCUAAAUGCGACUGAAACGAACAUAACAGCUUUCUGGGCGAGAGGGAUUGGGUGUUUCGGAAAGCGGUUCUCUCCACAGCGCGUACAUUAGACUGCUCGCCGCCUUUUAUGGCCCGAGAUCGCAACAGACUCUGUACAACAUAUCGCUGAAGCUAGCUGAGGGCAAUGUGUUCGAGCUGAUUGGAAAAGGUUGCUUCGUCCGAUGGAUUACCGUCAUAUUCUUGGUCAUGGGCUCCAUUUCGUGCUGAAUCCCCGCGGAAGUUCAGAGCUAGUCGCACAACACCUUAGAGGAAGAAGAGCGGGAGAUAGUAAUUGAGCGGUUGCAGAACAUGGAGUUAGUGCAACAAUGUCAGCCACGUACAGGUCUGCCGGCCAUACAAUCAAACUCCGACUUAUG